AUGAGGCUGCUUAAUGUCUACACUCUCGAGCUGGAAGAAUUCGUCACCAGCGCCAAGCCGGAGUACGCCAUUCUCUCACAUACGUGGGGAGACGACGAAGUCAGUUUCCAGGAUGUGCAACGGCAGGAUGGCCCCCCUGCCGAUGAACGGGCAGGGUUUCCCAAAAUUGCGUACAGCUGCACGCAGGCUGCCAAGGACGCCUUGGGAUAUGUUUGGAUCGACACGUGCUGCAUUGAUAGAACGAGCAGUGCAGAGUUGUCGGAGGCGAUUAACUCCAUGUAUGAGUGGUACUCCGGUGCGACGAAAUGCUAUGCCUACCUGGCCGAUGUCCCGGGGGAACAUGGCUCCAUCCCCUGGGACCAGCAGCCGACGCGGGAUUUCCUCAAUGGAGCGUUUGCAAAUUCCCGCUAUUGGACACGAGGGUGGACGUUACAGGAGCUGAUAGCUCCCAACGAAGUCAUAUUCUACAGCUCCACCUGGCGUUGUCUGACCACCAAGCAUGAGAUGGCCAGCGUGAUUUGUGCCAUCACCGGGAUUGACCGUCCGAUAUUAGAGGGGGCAAGAGACACGGGGUUGGAGCUCAACGACGUCUGCGUGGCGCGGAAGCUGUCGUGGGCAGCCAAGCGGCAGACGUCGAGGAUAGAGGACCAGGCAUACUGCCUUCUUGGUCUAUUCAAGGUAAACAUGCCUCUGCUGUACGGCGAGGGAGCGACCGCAUUCAUGCGGUUUCAAAAGGAACUCAUGAAGCAGUCGAAUGACACGAGUCUCUUCGCCUGGGAGGGUGAUAUCGGCACGAUGGACGAGACACUGGUCCACUAUAACAGCAGUAUGCUGGCGCCGUCGCCUGCGUACUUCGAAAACGCCAGUCGCAUCUACCAGUGGCCACGGCCUCGGAAUGUCGAGGCAUACAUCAUAACCAAAAAGGGUUUGCACAUCACCCUCCCAGCAUUGCCCCUCCGCAAGGGCUACUGGCUCAUGACGCUGGGAUGCCGUUACAAUGAUUGUCCCCCUGGGUCCUUGGCAAUCACAGUCAAGGAAGAUGCGGACGGCACCUCCGAGGUUCUUCAUCUGUCCACGCGGCUGCGUACCAUAGAGUACGGCAUUGAGAGAAAGGCCAAAAGCCGAUCGUUCUUCAUCGUCAUGACCUGCGAGGCGCAGGGGGGCUCAGUACCGCCUGGAAUGGACCCGAACCCAUCAGUCGGGGGUUGUGCGGAACCGUUCCGGGUGGGCGUCUGA